GAGAGAGAGAGAGAGAGAGAGAGGAGAGAGAGAGAGAGAGAGAGAGAGGAGAGAAGCAGACAGGUCGGCUUUCCUUCAGCAGACUGUGAACCUGCACCGGAGGAAGCAGCCCUCUCCAGACUGAGAUAUUUUUGACUGAAGGUCAUAUUGGAGAGAGAGGAAGAGUCCCUAAAAGUUACUACAUCUUCAAGGAAUCCACCUGUGAUAGUGUGCAGAAUUAAGUCCACUGCGGCCAGGGCUUGCAGAGCUCCAGCUGCCAUGACAGACACCGCUGCUUGAGCUUCUCAGUGACGGCCUACGACGGGGGAGGAUGGGUGAUGGGCCCAUGAAAUUCAGCGGACUCUCUCCUCCUUAUGCCAUCCUCUCAUGGAGCAUCCUGUCACAUCGAGCCCCUCCUGGAACACUUCUUUCUCCAGGCUCCCAACAUUUCCAGCCUCACUUCAUCCAAAUACUUCGAACGUGACCCCGAGCACAGCGAGUGUCCGAGGUGGGGUAGAUCUGAACCAGUCCCUGGCGCUAUGUGCUAUGCUCAUCAUGGAUGUGCUAGCGGUGGUGGGGAACCUGGCCGUGAUGAUUGUCAUCACCAAAACUCCGCAGCUGCGUAAAUUUGCCUUCGUGUUCCACCUCUGUCUGGUGGACCUGCUGGCAGCGCUGGUGUUGAUGCCUCUGGGGAUGGUGUCAGACCAAAUCCUGGUGGACGAGGCGCUGUGUCGGAGCUACCUCUGCUUGAGUGUGUGUCUAGUGAGCGCUGCCAUCCUCACCAUCUGUGCCAUAAACGUGGAGCGCUACUACUACAUUGUCCAUCCCAUGCGUCACGAGGUGAAGAUGACUGUGGGGGUGGUGGUGGUGGUAGUGGUAGGAAUCUGGAUUAAAGCUGUUGUCAUGUCAGUGCUGCCACUCUUGGGAUGGCUGCUCCAGGGGAGCCAGGGUCUGGGUACUCCUUCUGUCCUCAUUCCCGGUCAGAGACACUGUUCCCUCCACUGGACGGGAGGCAGGACCACGCGCUUGCUUUUCAUGGUCUUUUUUACAAUUAUUUAUUUUCUGUGCCCCAUGAUGAUCAUUCUCGUGGUCUACUGCAACAUGUUCAAGGUGGCACGAGUAGCAGCCAUGCAGCACGGCCCCCUCCCCACAUGGAUGGAUAUGCCACGACAACGGUCCGAGUCCAAUAGCAGCCACUCCACCAUGGCAGCUAGCCUUGGAGGAACUGGUGCCCGCACCACCCCUCAGAGGACCUUCAGUGGCGGGAAGGCUGCGGUGGUCCUGGUGGCAGUAGGAGGCCAGUUCCUCUGCUGCUGGCUGCCAUAUUUCUCCUUCCACCUCUACUCGGCCGUGGUGUCUACCUCUCCCACAUCGUUGGCCCAACUGGAGGACGUGGUCACGUGGAUUGGCUAUUUCUGCUUCACCUCCAACCCCUUCUUUUACGGCUGCCUAAACCGUCAGAUUCGCGAGGAACUGGGCCGUCACCUGGCUUGCCUCUUCAAGCGGGCUGGGCCCAGCGAAGGGCAGCAGCUGCCCAGCCGUGAGGCCUCUAUUGAGGAAAACUUUAUGCAGUUCCUUCAGGGCACAGGAUGCAAUCUGGAGCCCUGUAACUCUCACAGCAGAGCCAGCCCCGAGGAGUCAGGGACAGAGUUCGUUCAUGAAUCAGCUGUUCAGCAGAUCAUGCCAGCUGACUUCCAUAUCCCAGGGCAGAUCCUUGAGGAGACCUCAGAGUUCAUUCCACAGCAACAGCUGAACAAUGAACUACAUGUAUCAGAGAAGGAGAACUGCUGGAAAACUGUACUAGAGCUGUAGCUUCCUCUCAUGUACUUUCUCUUCCGCCAUUCAAUAAUCCAAGAAACAUACUUUUUUUUUCUUCCUAACAUUUGUUGAACAAUUCAUCUUUGAUGCUUAAGUUGAAAAUUCAGUGGUAUCUUCUUUGAAGAAUUUAAGUUUUAUAGCUUUUAAGAGAAGGACACAGCAGAAUAUAUUAUGUGCAUUGUCUCAUUCAUAUCCCCAAUGGCCAUGAUACUGGAGCAUUACAUGUUUCGGGAGCCAUACAGCAUCCGGCUGUUUUCUGUAUUAUGUCAGCAGGUGGACACUAAGCCCUUGUGUUAACCAGAGCACAGUGAAGUGACAACGAUCUCAUAGAUGUAAAUACAUGCUGAGACUGUGACAGAGCAAAGCUUCAGGGAGAAAGCUACAAAAGCCGUUGACAGGAAAUUUGUCACACACAAAAAUGUUGGUUCUUCAUUGGACAUAAGGCAAUAAUGUAUGUGAAACAAUUUGUCAUGAUAAAUCAUCACUGUUCCAUCUUUUUCAUACGCACUUCUUUGUGCAUUUUCCUCCUCCAGAUUCUUUUAUUUUCUCUCAAUUUAAUAUUUGCUAAAUAUGCCCUCAUUGAAGCCCUUUGACAAUCAGUUCAAAAUGACGCAGUGACACAACUGGCUCUGUUUAACAGGAUAGAUGUGAUAAUACUAAUUUCACUAUGACCUAAUCAUAAACAACAUUCUACCCACUUCUUCCUAUAGGCCCUGCUUCACCUCCAACAUACUAAACUAAAGAGGUGUUUAAAGUCAUUAUUGUAGCUGCUGUAGACAGUUUUUUAAUGAGUUAGUGUGUCCAUUUGAAAAAUUCAUUGUGUUGAACAAGAUCAACUCAGAGCUGGUGCAGCUGCUGCUGGUAUUUAUAAUAAACAGGCUGACACACCAGGGUAUUUUUAAACAUUUUCCAGGAGCGUUAUUAUCAUGUUUAUCUGUUUUUAGUCUUGUGAUUAUCACUUCCUCACCAAAAUCACCUCACAUUGCUCGACUUGUGAUUCCAGCCCCUUCCGCUCGAAGGGAAAACAUUGUGGCCGGUCUAAUUCGUAUGACACUGUUGGUGUUCAGGAUUAAUCUUUGGAAAAAUAUCGACUACAGGACAUUCAAAGUGUCACUUUGCUCAGAGCGAGGCUGGACGUGGACAUGGUUCUUUCGGACGCCUGGACACGUCCACCAGCGCCCCGUGAUGUCCGGGCUGUUUACAGGUAAACACAGGAGCAGUGCGAGUGCUCUUGAGUUUGUGCUCUAAACAACCAUGCUUGUUGUGGCUACACAGCACACAGGUGUGACAAUGCUUACAGAUGGCAAGCUUUGCCUUUGGCCUCAUUUAGCAACAAAUGGAAGACACUGGCGACACUUCCUCUGAUCUCAGGUGGAAUACAGUUUGCACAAGUCACAGAGGCAGUGACAUAUGUUCCAAAGAAAAUUACAAGGCACAAAUCUCUUACAAAACAAGUUUUUUGUCUCUUUUUAUACUCUGCUCUUUCUCGCUGCCUUCGUCUUUUUUGGACUGCCUCAUACAGGACUGUCGAUUUGAUCACAAGACUCUCCACACAAGGCGUACAGGGAAGGUUCAUGCUUUGCUGGGAGUCAGAACAAAAAAA